AUGGUGAGAGUAUGGCUUGACAGCAGGGAGGGGCAUGGUAUGGCCCCACCUUCAGCCCGCAGGAAGAAGCGAGGUGAUGAGGAGGAGGAGGAAGAGGAGGAAGAGGAGGAGGAAGAGGAGGAAGAAGAGGAUGAAGAGGAGGAAGAAGAGGAUGAAGAGGAGGAUGAGGAGGAUGAAGAGGAGGAUGAAGAGGAGGAUGAGGAGGGAGAGGAGGAGAAGGAGGAGGAUGAUGAAGACGAGGGUGCAUGUGAUGUGCAAGCAGUGAAGGAGCUGCUGGCGUCCACACGUGCCGUGGUGACUCGGUGGACGUCGCUUCUGCGAAGGUUCCUCAAGGGCAUUGACGACGAGGUGGAGGUGCUGUUGACGUUUGAGGAGGUGUGCAACGAGGCUCGCCCCGAGUUCGCCCCCAUCUUCGUCAACGUGCUGGAGGCACUGUACGACAGGGACAUAGUGAGCGAGGAGGCCGUCAUGGCGUGGGCCGAUGAGAAGCAGUUUGCCGAAGCUGCUGACAAGGUCUUUGUCGAGCGAUCCGCAGCGUUCAUCAAGUGGCUGAAGGAAGCCGAGGAGGAGGAGAGCGAUGAUGAGUGA